CAAACAGCGCGCAGCGCAGGCCGAGACUCCGCGUGCUGCGUUUCCCUUCCCCCCUUUCAUCUCCCUUCGCGUUUUCUUCUCCUCCCAGCAACAAAUCUUGGUCGGCUCGCCGGGCACCUUCCCGGCGGCAGCGAUGGGGGACCACGAGGCGCGAGGGGACGACAUGGAGAAGAAGGCCGAGAAGAAGAUCUCUGGCUGGGGGAUCUUCGGCUCCAAGUACGAGGACGCCGCCGACCUCUACGACAAGGCCGCCAACUUUUUCAAGCUCUCCAAGAACUGGAACAGAGCUGCAUCAGUAUACAUCAAGAUUGCUAACUGCCAUUUGAAGGGUGAUAGCAAGCAUGAAGCUGCGUCAGCUUAUGUGGAGGCUGCAAAUUGCUACAAAAAGUUCUCUCCUCAGGAAGCUGCGCAAGCGCUAGACCAGGCUGUUAAUCUAUUUAUGGAAAUUGGUAGAUUGAGCAUGGCUGCAAGAUACUGCAAGGACAUUGGUGAGAUAUAUCAGCAAGAACAAGAUUUGGAGAAGGCGUCAGAUUACCUAGAAAGGGCAGCUGAUCUUUUUGACAGUGAGGGGCAGACAUCUCAAUCAAACACCAUCAAGCAGAAAGUUGCGGAAAUUGCUGCUCAGUUGGAACAGUAUCCAAAGGCAACUGAGAUUUUUGAAGCAAUUGCUCGUCAAUCAAUCAACAACAAUCUUCUGAAGUAUAGUGUCAGAGGCAUCCUCCUUAAUGCAGGCAUCUGCCAACUAUGUAGAGCUGAUCCUGUUGCUAUACAAAAUUCGUUGGAGAGAUACCAGGAAAUUGAUCCGACUUUCUCUGGGACUCGUGAAUACAAACUUUUAGCUGAUCUUGCUGCAUCAAUGGAUGAUGGAGAUGUUGCCAAAUUUACUGAUGCCAUCAAGGAUUUUGAUGGCAUGACACGACUGGAUCCUUGGAAAACGACACUGCUGCUCAGGGCAAAGAAUGAACUGAAGAAACAGGAGGAGGAUGAUGAUGAUCUAACCUAAGCCUUGUUGUAAAAACCGUUUCACGCUUCAAUAUCCUUUGAUUUGUGCAUCAAUUUGAUCUUGGAGAUCCAUGUAAUGGGCAUAAUGAGAUUGUCUGUUUGAUUGUAUAGAACUUCAUUUUCAACUACCAUGUUGGGUGUCAUGUGUUAUUCUGGUCACCACUUUGCUGUCUGAAUGCAAAUUAUAAUAGCAUUCGCUUGUUGCUGGUGUCUUUUUUGUAACAUGUGUCGUGGUUGUAAAGGACUUUAUUUACGCUUCCA